CUAGAGUGCUAUAGUGACAUGUAAUACGAAAAGUGUGAAAAAAAAGUAGUCCAUUCUUAUUCCAUAUUCCCUUUACUGAGAGGGAAAUGUCAAUCGCUUUCAUGAACUGGCACGCACAACAUUUGUUCGGUCGAUCGAUUGCUCAGUGGGUACACAAAUUUCUUCACCUCUCCAACCUUUUUCCUAUUAUAUAAGAAAUCUCUGAAGAAUUUUGCAGUUCCAGACGCUUCCUUCCUAGAGCACUCGACUUUAGUGUUGAAACGAGACCACCAUCGAUCUCUUGAAUGUAACGCAUUCUUAUACCGAAUCACCACGUACGAUCGACUCUCCUGAUUUAAUUUAGCUUCUUCAAAUCCUUUUCUCAUCACGAAACAAAGCAAAGCAAAGCAAACUCAUUUGCCAUGGCUAAUUGUGGUGCUCCCAUCAUGCUCAUCUCCCUCCUCCUCCUAUCCCUCUCUCUCCAACAAGCUCAAGGAGGCACGCAGCUGAAGCAGUCCAACAGCAGACGACCGUCGGCAUCACCGGAGGAGGAGGAGGAGGAGGAGUACGUGCCGGUGAAGAGCGUGGUGUACCGGCGGCCAUCGUCGUCGUCCGUGCUGCCGGCAACGGCAACGGCGACGGAGGCGGUGUCGUCGUACGAGCCGUUCGAGCUGUGCCAGGGGUGCCGUUGCUGCUCGUCGUCCAACGCGAGCAGCUGCGUGGACACGAGCUGCUGCUACGCCAUCGACUGCGACCUCCCCGGCAAGCCCUUCGGCACCUGCGCCUUCACGCCCCACACCUGCGGCUGCGGUACCGGCACCGGCAACUGCACCCAGCCGUCGUGAACUCGUGAUCCAUCCGUCCUUUCAUUCCUCAUCGACCUUCUCGUCUAUCUGACAAAACUGAAGGAUGCUGCUGCUGUGCUGAGUGCUGAUCAGUUGGUGGACGCCCGUCCAAAUGCAUCGGUUUUGAUGGUACAAUUGUAAACUUAGCAUGCUUUUGACAAUUACUUCUUUUUUUAUACAAUCCCCCUCUGUGUGUGUAGUUUCUGUUUUUUUUUUCCAGAGAUUCUCGAGUUUGGGUCUGAAUUUGAUUACAGGUUAUAUUCAUUUCCACAUGUGGCUUGAAAUUUUUUGGUUGAUAUAGCGGUAAUGCUUGUAUCCAUGCGUCCGUCUCGUGACUCUCGUCCGGACGAGCCUUAUCCAUUCAUUUAAAGACCUAACCGUUUAUUCUGAUCCACUCAUUUAUGGACCAAGCUCGGGUCGCAUGCCGACUCUCGCCCGCACCGCCCACGCUGCCUCUACUCAGAUGCCCUCCAUCUGCGCCACACAUCUCUAGCCUCUCUACUGUCCGCUAUGGCUAUCCCCCGCCGGCACCGCAUGCGCGCGGCCGCCUCGCACCACCACCGCAUGCCCUCGGCCACUCACCUCGCCAUCCCACACGUAGUUGCUCCUUGCGCUUGUGGCUCGUGCGCCUCUCACCCCUUCCAUCCUGCGUGAUGCUGGCUUCCUCCCUAGCCGGCGGCGGUGCCCGCGCCUAUCCCGACGUCCUCCUCUCCUACCAUAGCAUCCUCCUUAACCACCCUGACGGCUCCUUCUCCCGUACUGGUGCUCCUUUGUCCACCUCGGUGUCUUGGCAAUCGAUGAUUUAUGAGUGUUGCAGUAGGUGUCUCGUGCUCCACAUGGAUGGGGAAUUGGCGGCAGGAGCAACGCGGGGCCAGGCGAGGCAGCGGCACAAGGCACAGCAGCAGCAGCACGCGGCCAGGCGCAGCAGCGACACGCGGACAGGUGCAAUAGCGGCGGCAGCAGCAGCACACAACAACAGCAGCAGCAGUAGCGCGCGGUGGCAACAGUAGUAGCAGGAGUGCAUGGCCAAGUGGGCGCUGCAUGUGCGACAGCAGCUUGCGGGGCGAACCUGCAGGUGCUGCAUGUGCGACAGCAGCAUGCGGGAGGGACGUGCAAGCGCAGCAUGUAACCAUGCAUGUAAGUGAUGGAGCGAGAGAGCGCUUGGGACGGAAAAAAAAGGCAGCCACUGAGCGUCCGGACACAUCUGACGCGACGGACGUCCGAGCGCUAGUUAUUCCCUAGAAAUAAUUAACUUUAAUUUUUUAUAAUAUCAAUAUGCUAAUAUAAUUAAAUAACAAAUUUCAUGAAUUCUUUUGAAGACACUAAAAAUCUGUAAUUCAAGUUAGUGUGGAAUUAGUUAUUGAUAUCAAGGGCUACUAUGUAU